UCAGGAUCCAAGUACUUGCGAGUAUUUUCUAAGAGGAACCCACCGUUCAAAUAGACAUGGAAUAAUUAUAGCAGUUGAAAACCCCAGCGCCAAAAUCGAGUCAACAGAGAUGAGGAGAAAGGGCAAUGGUGGAGCACUACCGAUCUGGAUGCUUCACAGUUUCAUGUUCACUUGGUUUACUUUUUCUGCCCUUGCCGAAGACCCAGAGCUGGGAUCGUCUCGUGUUGUUUUCCAGACGAACUAUGGAGAUAUUGAAUUUGGUUUCUAUCCGACUGUGGCCCCCCAAACUGUCAACCACAUCUUCAAACUCGUUCGUUUGGGAUGUUAUAACACGAAUCACUUCUUUCGGGUUGAUAAGGGCUUUGUUGCACAAGUGGCAGAUGUUGUUGGUGGAAGAACAGCUCCCAUGAAUGAAGAGCAAAGAGUGGAAGCAGAGAAAAAAGUUGUUGGAGAGUUUAGUGAUGUCAAACAUGUACGAGGGAUCCUUUCUAUGGGAAGGUAUUCCGAUCCAAACAGUGCUCAGUCCUCAUUUUCAAUGCUUCUUGGAGAUGCCCCUCACCUUGAUGGACAGUACGCAAUAUUUGGUAAAGUUACCAAAGGUGAUGAGACUCUGAGAAAGCUUGAGGAACUCCCUACUCGUCGUGAGGGGAUCUUUGUAAUGGUUUUUCUUCAUGGAACUAAUUAUCGUUUAUUUCAGCCAACUGAGAGAAUCACCAUCGUGUCCUCGUACUAUUAUGAUACCAAGACAGAAACUUGUGAAGAGGAGAAAUCAGUUUUGAAAAGAAGACUUUCUGCAUCCGCCGUUGAGAUUGAAAGACAGAGAAUGAGAUGCUUUCCAUAAGCCAACAAAAGAAAAACUGGCAAAGAAGAAAGUAUUAUGACACUGUAAGUCAUUCUGAUAUUUAUGCUGUUUGUAUUUUGGCAUGGAAAGGCUUCUGUAGAUUUUUUUAACUUUGAAUUGCAAAAUCCCGCCGCAUAGAAAUUGUAAACUAAUCAAACAGCUCCAAAGAGAGCAACAAAACAUAGAGUAACUGCCUGCGUAGUACUUUAGCACCAUUCUCACUUAGCUCUGCUCUUCACUAGACGGGAUGCAUGCAUUCUGUUUAAUGCUUUUUGGUGAUUAUCCAAUUUACUCUGAAUACCUAAAGUAUUUGAAGUCUGAUGGUAAACAAUAAAGUAGCUAAAAGAGAAUACAAUUUUCUAUGGACUUGUAGUAUAAUACUUUGAGGGAAAUGAAAAUCCCCAACAUGUACUAUCUAGUAUGCAUGAUUUCUGGGUUUGUUGUUGCCGGACGCCUCCCUCCAAAGAUGUUGGGCAUAGUUGAACUCUCUGGGCAUAUGUAUAUUGAUGGAAAACACAUGUAUUUACAGGUAUUUUAACUUGAACAAGUUGUUUAUCCC